AUGUCAUCCAAAGGUGAAAGCGUCGAGGGAUGCAAUCAUCAUAGCCUCAUUGAUUUGCGUGGAAUUUUUUUUGCGCGAAUGUUUUUUGAUCUUUUCGGAAAACCCGAAACUUACAACUUGAUAUUUUUAGUUCAAACAAUUUUUGUUAUCUUUCCGCCAUCUCUAAAACAAUGA